CUUCCCCGUAGCGGCUCCGACAUCAUCGCCCUUCGGUCCGGCAGAAACAACAUGGCGCCGGCCGAACGUUUCACCUAAAACCGGCCGAUAAAUACGGACCGUGUUUGGUUUAAAUUCCCCGGUACCGACGUUUAACGUAAUCGCUAUUAUCAGCCCGAGUCCCCGCUUUGAGUGCUUCCGCAUUUCUGUCGGGUUUGACGGUUGAAUUUCAGCCUCGGAGGUAGAACCGAUCCAGCAGCCUGUUCGGUGUCCGGAACCGGGUCGUCUGAUUCAUGCAGGUGGCUCCGGUUGACUUCCAGCACAUGAAAGCGAACAUGCGGAGCAGCAGCAGCCGAUGGGAUGCAGAGGAUCGUCCGGUGUGUCCCCUGGUGUGUCCUCCGGUGUCUCCGGGUUUGAACCAGGUGGCGGUGGUAAGAUGGCGGCGGAGGCUGCGCAGUGCGGCGCGAGGAGGAGGGCGGUGACGUGACUGUGGAGGCUCCGCGUGCUGCUGCUUCCACCGUUAUUACACAGCCAUCGUUUGAACGGGGAAAAACCAACGGAAACACCGACGGAUUCACGUCGCUCCGCCCGAACAGUCGAUGAUUCGGAGCGGCCAGAAGGACGCUGUCUUGAGCAGAUGUACAAACAGCAGGAUCCUCCAGGAACCUGUUCAUGGCUCCUAAGAAGCAGAAUAAAGUCAUGGUGUCCCAUCAGGAAGGGGCAUCCAGACCUGCUCUGGCCCCUGCAGCUGAACGUCCACCUGCACGCUCUGCUGCUCCGAGACCGGGGAAGGCGAGUGAAGGCCGAGUGGAUCAAAACAGCCACGUGACCAGCGAGGAGGCAGAUUUCAGGGGUAAACGCAACAUGUCGCCAUCCAGGGAGGCUGUCAGGAGGACAGGCGGACUGAAACCUCCUCAGUCAGAGAACCUGGCGCCUGACAGCAUGUGUAGAGGUGUCCGAGUGACGUUGGACAACAACAGCAUGUGGAACGAGUUCUACAGAUGCAGGACAGAGAUGAUUCUGACUAAACAAGGCAGCAGGAUGUUCCCCUACUGCCGCUUUCGUAUAUCCGGGCUGCAGCCGAGUAAAAAGUACACUCUGAUAAUGGACAUCCAGCCGUUGGACAACAGCUGUUACAAGUGGACAGGUAACAGCUGGCAGGUUGCUGGAAAAGCCGAGAGUCAUAUAAAGAGCCAACCGUUUGCUCAUCCAGAGUCCCCGGCGGUGGGUGAACACUGGAUGCAAAGUCCGGUGUCCUUUUACAGACUGAAACUCACCAACAAUAGCUUGGACCAGGAGGGGAACACUAUCCUGCAUCCGAUGCACCGCUACUUACCGCGGCUGCACGUGGUGCAGACGGACAGAGCUGCUAAAGACGUAAAACUGAACGGUCCUAGUGUUCUCACCUUUACUUUCUCCCAGACUGAGUUCAUGGCAGUCACUGCCUACCAGAACACUCGCUUUACUCAGCUUAAAGUCGACUACAACCCGUUUGCUAAAGGCCUGAAGGAGGAUGGGUGCAGUUCACAGAGCCUGAAGCUGAAAGCAAACUCUGGCAAAGAAAAAGAGGAAGGCACUCCAACCAUUCAGCAGCAUCCUGUGAAGAAGAGCUUGAAGUCGUUGCUGGCAAACCACAAACCCAGAAGCUCAAAUACAGCAGUCUCAAAACCUUCAGAUGUUCAGAAAAACUCUACUACAAGCAAAGAUUUGUCAGCUGCCAAAGCCCCUGGGGAAACCUCUUGCAGCAGUGGCUCGCGUCCGAAUCAGAAGCUAAUCUCUGAACUGAUUCGUGAGGCCCACGUUUCCCUGCAGAGGUGCAACCUGGAACAGCUGGGCAUCAAUCACAGCGGCUCUCUUAAAGUAGGGCAAACCGACACUAAGAACAUUACCAUGAAAGGCAAAGGACAGAAGGUUCCUCAAAGGGGUGAUAUUUCAGUCAAAGAACCAACAGGGAAAAGUGAAACCAUUGUAAGAAAGAGGAAUGUUACUGAGAAAACACAUCAUUUGAAUUCAGUAAGUUGUAAGGACAAUGCCCGGACAGACUGUUCUGUUGCCGAUGCUUCAGAAGGGUCCUCCAAAGACCGCCAAAGUAUUCCAGACACUCCAUCAGAGCAGACUGCAAAGCCGGACAAACGGCCAGCUCGGUUGCCUCUGCCAGCACUCGCUCUGUUUUUGAAGCAGCAUUCAACAAAAUCUAAAAAGACUAUGAGUAAACCGGACUCUUCUCCCCCAGCACCCCCCUCUGAACCUUUGUCAGAAUCACCGAGUUCUGCUGCAGACUCUUCAAGGCUGCCUGAUAAACACACCACAAAUGCAAUCGACCCCUUGAAGGAUCUCGGCGGCGAUAUCACUAAACCCAGUGUCCAAGCCUCUAGUGGAGAGUUUCAUCCAGAUAAAGUGGUUUUGAAUGUUUAUCAGCCUUCCAGUCUGUCAUCUCCAGAUGCUGCUGCUUCAGGUCCAGUGGGACCAAGAACUGAUGAUCAAUCAACUUCGUUUUCUGAAAGUCCAGGCCCAGAGCUGACAGUCCCCAAUGGUACAGUGUUACCCAGCUCAGGACAGCCAUUUUCUACCCUCGGGGAAUCGACAUUCACCCUCCCCUCAACACUUGCUACCUCAUCUGCACUUCCCUUUUUGUCUCCGCCCCUGGACACAGUGUUAUCUGUCUCAAACUCACCACAAACACCACCUGAGUCUUCAACACUACCUUCAGACUCCCCCACCUUGAAGUCGGAGUCUUUUCUUCCUGACCCAGAGUGUUCAUCUUUUGGCUUUGAGCCUUUGUCCCUUGCGAGUUCUCCAGAACCUUUACCUCCCCUGCCGGACUCGAUAGCUUUAGAACUCAAUGCAACAGCUUCUGAAGCAGCUUGUACAGCAGAACAUCCAGAAGACUCACCACCAAGCAAAGGCUCAUCUGUGUUUAAAUGGCAUACAGUGUUACCUAUGCCUGAACCAUAUUUAGAUGCUCCCUUCACAACAUUUCAGCCCACAUCAGAGACUAUUCCUUUAGAGCAUGUUACGCCACCUUUGUUGCCUUCAGAAACUCCCUCGCACCCUGAACCACAGAGUCUGAACACAUCCACACCUCCGCCGGAUCGCCCUCCAUCAUUUCAAGAGAAUGAACAAUCGCUGCCUUUUCCUGCAGAGCUGUCCCCGCUUGCCCUUCAGUUGCCAUUGUCUCCGACCUUCUCUUCAUUAGACGGAGGAGGACUGUCACCCACGCCUUCCAUCACUGACCUUGUGCACUUUUUCUCCACCGAUGAUGACCUCGGGAUGGGGGUUGAGUUUCCAAAUACAGAUGCAGUGGCUGUUCCCUGCUUGCCUCCACCUGCAGUAGAAGCACAGGAGCCUUCACCACAGGUGCAGCCGGUUCCGGUCAACAAACCCUACAAGUGCAAGAAGUACCGGCGGCGAAAGCAGCCCAGAAUCAAUCUGAAUCAGAUGACAGAUGACACCGCCUACAGGAGUAUGCGACCUAACCUGGAGGAGGUGGAGGAACAGUUGUUUGUCUCAUUCACAUCAAAGGAGGCUCUCAAACUCCACAUCACGGAUUCAUCUGACGGGUCUCAGACGACACCUGAAGUUCAACAAGCCGCCGACGAACCCGAGAAAGCUCUGACGUUUGAACCUUCAGAGGGUCUGGACAAUACGAUCGACGCCUUCGAGAAGAAUCUGUUGAAUGACCUGAAGCUGAUGAGGCACAGGCAGGUGAUCCACCCGGUGCUUCAGGAAGUUGGCCUGAAGAUGACGCUGCUGGACCCGACUCUGGCCAUCGACCUGCAGUACCUGGGGGUCCGUCUGCCCAUCCCGCCUGCAGGAGUCAGUCUGGAGCCGCUGACCCAGGAGCUGCAGUCCAGUCAAGGCGUUUCAGCUGCAUUUGUGUCCAGAACAGGAAAAACUACAGACGUGACUCAGAUUAAAGGCUGGAGGGAUAAAUUCAGUCCAUCAGAGACUCCGUCCAUGCCUGCUUCCUCCAAACCUGAAGUUCAACCUGAAAACCCACAGCUGAGUAAGUCAUGGAGAACCAGUUGUGUCGAGGAGUCCAGAACAGCUGGUCCCAGUUCAGAGCCGCCAAAGAAGAACCUGUCGGCGUUCUGCAGCGACAUGCUGGACGAGUAUCUGGAGAACGAAGGGAAGCUGAUCGACGAGCGAGCCGCCAGCUUCUCCCAGCCGCCGGUGGAGCCGCUGGUCUACGAGCUGCCCACCAAGAGCACCAGCUACGUCCGGACCCUGGACCACAUCCUGAAGAAGCAGGACACCAGCACCCCCGCCUCGGACCUCAUAUCGACGUUCAUCCCCCCCUCAAAAAGACCCCGACUCACCAAGGCUAAAGUUGGCCGGAGGUUGGAGAGGAAGCAGCGAAGUCCCAAACCAAACAAACCCAGAAUGGAACUUGCAGCUGGUCCGGGUUCUGAACCGGCCUCAGCAGAACACUCUCAGAUCCACGCGGCCCACCUAUUGGACAACAUGUCCGAACCAACCCUGAGGAAGAGGAGGAAGCUCAAACCGAAGACUUCCUCUCGGACCCUGUUGGAGGACUUUGCUCCGCUGGAGUCAGACUCUGAGCUCGGUCCGACCAAGGACCCCAGGAAGGACCGGCGGCCCCUGAUGACCCGGUCCCUGCUGAGGCAGAAGGACCUGGAGGACAGCGUGAUGUGGGAGGGUCGACCCAGAACCGGCAUCACCGAGGAGAGGGCCACCAUCGCCCUGACGUCCCUCUUCACGCUGACGGGCUUCGUCAGCGAGAACCCGACGGCGCCCAUCGAGCUGCUCCGGAGGAGAGCGCCCCCCGUCUGCCUAAAUGAGUUCUGCAGGUUGGGCUGCAUCUGCUCCAGUCUGUCCCACUGCUCCAGGAUCAGCCACUGCGGCCGCCUCUCCUGCAUGUUCGGCUGCAGCUGCCUCAAACAGAAAGUCGUCCUCCUCAAGAACCUGGACGGGUCCGACUGCAGCUCCCCCUCCCAGCAGCUCCACAGCAAGAGGAAGAAGAGGAGGAGGAGGAUGAAGAUGGCCUACAUCCUGAAGGAGGCAGACAGCGUUUCCCAGCCUGCCCAGCGAGUCCAUACUCUGUGGAGGAAGGACCAUGAAGACUCAGAUCCAGAGCCGGUCCACGUCCCUAAAGCCGCCCCUCAGUCCUCCUCCACCGUAAAGACUCGGGAGGUCAGAGAGAACCGAAGCAGCUGCGCCAGAGUCCGAGCCUUCAGAAGAAAGACUCACAAACAGAAGGAGUCGCCCAAAAAAGUGAACUCUAAACCUGCUCGGCUGAUGUCCCUGAAACAGAGGAACUUGACCCUGAAGGAGACGAAGACCAGAAACUUCUGUCCUUCUCCAGGUGAAGCCGUGGAGAUGCCUCCUCAGAGUCCUCCAGAGGAUUCAACCCCCAAGCCGUCGAAGCGUCUGUUCAUCGUGGCCGACUGUCAGUGGGAGAGCAGCGUGGAUCAGAGCCAGGUGCUGCAGCGGCUCUGCGAGGCAAUGGCUCGGGACCAGCUGGACCGACCGUUCAAGAUCCAGAAGUACCUCAUCAGCCCCAUCAGCCAGACCGUGGAGGGUGAAGGGGCCGACUGCUGCGUCCAGUACAAGGUCCAGAUCUCCAGAACCAAACCAGAGCAGGAGAAAUCAGCAGGACUGGGAAGACCAGCAGGACUGGGAAGACCGGCAGGACUGGGAAGACCGGCAGGACCGGGACGACCAGCAGGACCGGGACGACCAGCAGGACCGGGAAGACCGGGACGACCAGCAGGACCAGCAGGACCGGGACGACCAGCAGGACCAGCAGGACCGGGACGACCAGCAGGACCAGGAAGACCGGGACGACCAGCAGGACCAGGAAGACCGGGACGACCAGCAGGACCAGGAAGACCGGGACGACCAGCAGGACCAGGAAGACCAGGACGACCAGCAGGACCAAAGAGCCAGAGGAAAAUGAAAGCAGCACAAAACAAACAGAGCACGGAGAGGGAGCCUCUAGAGGACUGGCAGCAGGAAGUAACGGAGGAGACGGAGCCUCUGGAGGACUGGCAGCAGGAAGUAAAGGAGGAGGCGGAGCCUCUGGAGGACUGGCAGCAGGAAGUAAAGGAGGAGCCGGAGCCUCUGGAGGACUGGCAGCAGGAAGUAACGGAGGAGGCGGAGCCUCUAGAGGACUGGCAGCGGGAGGUGGAGGACGGUGACGUAGAGGAGGAGGUGGAGACCUUUGAGCAGGUGGACGAUGAGAAGAAGAGGAGUUCGGAGAUGAAGAUGAGGAAGGCAGCUAGCAUGGCUCUACCUUUCCUGACAGGAAUCUCACCCGCCGGCUUCCUCUCAGCCAAUAAGAAGCAGCCGGGAGGAACAGACCACCUGGUUCAGGUCAACGGGAAGCUCUAUCCUCUGGCCAAGAUCCAGCUGGGGAAGAUGGGAGCGCUGCACCCGGCAAAUCGUCUGGCCGCCUACCUGACGGGUCGGGUCAGGUCCAGCAGACAGCAGCCAGCUUCUCCAUGUUUGUCCUCCAGUAGACCUCCUCAGAGCUCAGCAGCAGCAACUUCCAGCUCCUCCACUGUCUCCUCCACCACCUCCUCCUUCUCCAGCUCCACACCGUCCACAUUUAAGCCACCGCUCAUCAUCCCAGUCUCCUCCACAGGCUCUCAGUCCAGCAACUCGGUGGUGCUUCCUGUAAAUCCGUCCCCUGGACCCCCUAAACGUUCUCAAUUCCUGAUGGUUCAUGUCCCAGCUCCAGUGGCUCAGCUGCCCCACCAGAUCCCAGGCGCCUCCCCCACCGGGCAGAAGAUGAUUCUGCAGCCGGUCCAGACGACAUCGGGCACCCAGUAUUACCGCAGACCGGACGGCAAACUGGUCCAACUGGUUCCACUCAGCAAGGUUAAACCAGUACCACCUGUUCAGAAAGGUUCUUCCUCCCCCUCCGUCCUCCUUCCUGCAAAUCCUCAGACUCCAGCCAUCACUGUUGUCGGCCAACAAACUCCACCUGCGACCACAGUGAUCUCGUCUUCACCCUCCUCUUCUUCCUCCCUCUCCUCCUUCUCCGUGAACACCCUCGCUGCCCCCCUCCCCCCAGGAUCUGGUUUCCUGUCCCAGAAGGGAACCUGCACCUUUAAGAUCCUCAACUCCGGCAGGGAGCCCGUCGUCGUCCUCAGUAAAUCCUCCUCUGAGUCGCCCUCCAAGGUGGAGACGUCUCCAAGCGCCUUCACCCUCCUCCAGCCUCAACCCUCCAGCGCCCCCCCAGCCCCCGUCUCCCUGAUCCCCAUCAAACCAUCCUCGGGGCUGGGGGCAGAGCCUGGGGUGAAGACGGUGAAGGUGUCUACGAGUCCGCUUGCUCCUGGACUGGUGGUGGUCCGACCGAGACCUGUUCCACUUCCGACGUCCUCAGACACCUCUCACAGACCCUCAGCUCCACCUCCACCUGCUCCGUCAACACCUGUAGCAUCAGAGGCCACACCUCUGCCCAACUCUACACCUGAACCGGAGCUCGCCUCUGACCUGGUGGACCUGGAUAUCAUCUGCGUUGACAAUGAGACAGAGCUGGUUACCACGGAGACAGUGGAAGUACUGGAGGUAACGUCAAGCAGCGAGACGGAAAACUCAUCGGACUGCCGAGACUCAGACAGCGAAGAGGAGAUUCAGCCGACGAAGACCGACCCGCGCCUUGCACGUAUAAACCUGGAGAAGACUCGUCGGAGGAAACUGCGGCUGCUGUUCGAUGCUCUGAGGCAGCAGGUCGGACUCAACGACCCAAGGACGUCGAAGCUCUGCACCCUGAACACGGCGUUGGGGGUAAUCCAAGGGCUGCAGACGAUAGAGAAGGAGAUGAAGAAGAAGAAGGCGACGCUGAGGAAGAAGAGGGACCAAUAUCUGUGGAGACUCGCGCCAUCGUCAGACCAGACUGACGGCAACUCCAGGGAGGUCAUUGAUCUGAUCGACGACGCCAUCGAAAUCUCAUCCGACGAGGCGAUGGAGGUGGCUGAUGGUGGUUGGGGCGUUUCCAAGGCGAUGGCGGAGAAAAACGUUCGGCUGAAGAGGAUGAGGAGAUCAGAUGUGGACGAGACGACAGGAACCAUGAACUCUACAAAGAAGCUGCAGCGCCGUCAGGCUCGUCAGAAGAUCCAGACUCUGCACAGUGCGAUGAGGGAACUGAAGAGUCUGAAGCAGCAGAGAGACGCACAGGAUUCAGGUAAAAGCGAGCAGAGAUCAGGAGGUCAGCCGCCAACAGGAGAAACGAGUGAAGGCGACAGCACAGACACAUCACCUGACCCGCAGCCUCCACAAGCUCCUCCCACUCAUGAUUCUGCCCCACCCAUUCCUACACCUGUACAGCCUCUGGUCCAACAGGUGUUAAACACCGUCCUGGCUCGGUCUGCUGCGUCCCACAAUGCAUCUGUGCAGAGAGACCGGCCGAGGACGAUUCCAAACAUCCUGUCUCGCAGGAAGACUUGUCCAGAGCCACCUCAGAGCACGACGACUGAAGAGAUCCGUCCUCCAGGUGAACCUCCGUCCAUCCAGGCUCUGAUCCCGACUGAGGUUCUGUCUCUGGUCCAGGCGGCGUUACCGGGACAACGAGUCCUGUUUGGACCUCUGGAACCGACGGUGCUGCAGUCGACCCUGAGUCCAGGCAUGGCGUCCGUCACCCUGAACAUACCCAACCUGGCCAAUCAGCAGCUGCAUCUCAGUUCCUUGCCCCGCCCACCAAUGAACAAUAUCUGCAGCAGCGCCGCCCCACUCACCCUCACUAACCUCACAGACUGCAACAUGCUGCAUAUGGUUCAGCCUGCAACGUCACAACAACAAGAACAGAAACAACAACAACAGUCAGACAAACAGCAACAACUGACAGACAAACAACAAACACAAGAACAGAGUCGGCUGUUGGACGCUCAGCCGGUCUCUGUUGGAUCGGACCAGAGCAGUGACCAGUCCGACCUCAGACCUUCGCCCUCGCCAUCUCUUAGCGCCGACCGUCAGUCACAGGUAAAAGGGGCGGAGCCUCAGGAGACGGGCAGUGACGUGGACAACGAGAUCCUGUCAUCGCUCCUCAGCGAGAUCUUCUUCCUCAACCAGAACGUUGCCACGACGAAAGCAGCAGGGGUCCCAUCACCGGGGAAACCAUCCUCUGAGGUGGGCGGAGCCAAGGAGCGAGCCCACGCCCACAGGCUCCCACAGUCAGACUUGGACUCUAACAGCACCGUUGCCAUAGAAACAGAGGGGGCAGGGCUUAAUGGCUAUGCAGAGAUGACUGGCGUGCAGCCAGGACCAGGAAACACUAAAGGAGCCGUUCUGGCUCCGCCACCUCUGCUGCAGAUGAAGGUGGGAGGGGCCAAAGUUGCUCCACCCAUCAGCAGUGACAGCACAGCAGGAGAGCCCUCAGCAGAGAGGGGGGAGGGUGGCGUGGCCUGGAGGCCGAUGCCGAGGCUGGUUCCUCUGGGGCUGAGGGGGAACCCGCCCUGCUGAUCACGUGUGAUGUCACUGCAGCUUCAGGACCUCAUUGGCCACCUGCGGGCAGCGAGCAUUCUCUGAUUGGUUGUCAGGAAGAGGAGCGGAUCAUUGAUGUUUACAGUCGAGCAGAGAUCGUGUCGUCUUUUUAUUUAUUUUGUCAGCGUCUUCAUCUUUUCAGUUUAAACUCUGUUGUUGUUUUACUUUAGUCGUUUCAGGAUUAUUUCAGAAUAAAGUUGAAACAGAAAUAAUCCCGAUACUGAACUGGUAACAGAUCAAUGCUGCGGAAUCUGACUGAGGAUGUCGCUAUGGCAACGGCAGGCACCCUGUUGCCAGGGUAACCAUCACCUGAGGCAACCAGAGGGAAAAAUGUUGAGAAAAUAUUCAGAAUAAUUUUGGCUGUUUCCAAACUAUGAUUUAAAUAUAUUUGGCCGUGAUCAAUCGAUUUAUGGAUUGCCAGAAAAACUAUCAGCAGUUGCUUAAUUAAUCAAUAAAUAAUUUUUCUGAUGCAGUUUUCAGGCAGCAAACAGCCGACAGAAUAAUCAAUCAUAAUGUUUAGUUGCAGCUUUGUUCUAAUAAAAGUUUCUGAUCAAUCAUGUCGAUCAGUUUAAAGCUGACAAAUAUCAGAUAUUAGGUUUAUUGUUGGGCUUUUAUUAUGAAAUCCGACUUUAUUUCAACCUCAGAACGUCUCGUUUGAAGAGUUGAAGCCUUCAGGAACCACAAACAAACGUUAGAAGAACAGUUGUUUGUUUCAGGCAGCAACUCACCUGUCCAGGUAGAAAACAGACUCUAACCCGUUUCACUUCAUUUCAUGUUUUGAGUUGAAAUGGUUUUGUUUUCUGACUAAAUGAAGAAUCUGUCGCCUGAAUUUAUCUUUCAGAACUAAUGUAGUUUCAUAUUUUAAAAGUUUUCUACGGUUCGGUAAACUUCAUUGAGGCUGCUCAGACUAAACGAGAACCAAACUGAAAGAAAAGUUACUUUUUUAAAGCGUUACUUUAUGAUGUAGAAGUGUUUUACUUUGAAAAACUCUGAAAACUGGACAGACUUCAGAAGCGUAGAACUCCUUUUAUAACAGAAGAAACUUUACAAUAUUCAAAAGAACAGUUUCUGCUCCAAAUGUUGCAGCUUUACUCUGAAAAUCUGAAACUGACAGAAGCUUUUUUUUUCAGAAGGUUUUCGUUCAUCGGCGUCUCGAUGAAAUAUUUCAUCUGUUUCCGUUUUCAGGAAAUAAAAAACUGACAGGAAAGUUUCUUUGUGUUGAACUGUGAAAACUCCUCGAGUUGGUGAAGAAAGCUCCCCUGAACUCACCUGCGCUAACUUGCGUAGACUGAUUCACCUGGACUGACAGGACUCAUUUUAACUCACCUGGACUCACUCACCUGUAAAGAAUUACCUGUAAAGAGUCCCCAGUACCUGCAGCAGGAUUGAAGCAUCCGUCUGUCAUGCGGCUCUGCUGUGUUUUUCUUAAAUUUGUAUUUUUGUACGAGUUAAAGUUAAACUCCGUUAUCUGAAUAGAACUCUAAUAUCAAUAAAGUUUCACUGCGGA